AUGCCGAACGAGAACGUCCAGACCUUCUACCGUCGUCCCUAUUCUCCGCUAUCCUUCUUCGUCAUAAUCUCAUUCAACCUUGUCACCUAUAUCUGUCUGAAAUUCGCCACCGCCUUCGCAAAGCCCCAAAUUGCAGCGACCCUAACAUUGAUCCGCAUUGCCGAGUUUACGUUCGUCCUGGGGUUGUCUUUUAUCGCGAUACUUCUUGAUCCCGGAACUACGUUCAGCAGGAUGAGGAAGAUCCAGAGGAAUGGCAAUGGCAAUGGCGGUGGGGGUUCCUACAAGUACAAGGUUAAGCGUCCGCUGUUUGGCUUUAAGAAUCUCAAAUAUAGCUUGGACUCGCCGGCUGGGAUGGCGGAUGUUUGGUGGGAUGGGGUGCGGUAUGAGCGGGCUGUGUUUGAGCUUUGA